CCGUUCCUGACCCUCUACCUGAGGCAGCUGGGUCUGGCCGCGCCCUGGGUGGGCGUCCUGAUGGGGACCAGGCACCUGGUCGCUGCCUUCUGGGCGCCCUUCUGCGCCUUCCUGGCCCGGAGCCACCGGAGGAGGAGGGCGCCUUUGGACGCAGACCUGGGGCCCCGCUCCUGCCACGCCGGCCCCAGCGUGACCCCCGCAGUCCCGCCACCGGAGGGGGCACUGGCGGUGAACGUCACCCUGGCCGAGGAGCACAGCUCGAGCCUCCCAGCAGAUAGAGGUGCUGGGAUCAGCCACGCCUCCAGCUUCAGGAAAGGACUCGUGGAAAGUGUCCAAGAACCUUCCGGGCAUCUGCCCAGAAGUUUGGUGGGCUCCGGGGAAGGAGCCUGGACCGCAUCCGAAGUCCUCCAUCCUGUCGCUGCAGGGAGGGAAGAGGCGCCCUGGGAAGAAGGUGCCCUGAAGGUGGUCAGCACCGCCCUCCCUUCGCUGGCUGGGGGUACAGCGCUGGCGAGUCCAGCCAACGUGUCCGUGACCCAGGGGGACUCGGGGACCCUGGGCCUGUCCCCGGAAGGGUUGCUGCGGACUUUCCUUCCCUGCUUGGUGUCCUUGGUGUUCUGGGAGCUGCUGGCGGCCCCUCUGGAGCAGGUGGCUGACGACAGCCUGUUUGAGUACCUGGAUGUUGUGGACGCCACCGACCGGCACAGAACCCUUUGGGCCUGGAAGCUGCUGGGCACGGCGGCGGGCGUGUGUGGCAUCGCGGCCUUGGUGGAGCAGCUGGACUGCUCCCUGAAGGCCAGCGGCCCCCGGGGGGUGGUGUACUUCUACGGCUACGCCCUGGUCAGCGUCCUGGCUCUGCCGGUGAGCACUGUUUUCCCCGUCCCCCUGUGCAGGCGGCGGGAGCCCAGCUGCAAAACCAGCAAAGCGCUGUCUCUGGUGGAGGGCGACCCCCGCCUCCUCCUCCUCGCCAUCACUGUCUUUCUGGUCGGAGCCGUCACCAGCACCACCCAGAACUUUCUGUUCUGGCACAUGCAGGACCACGGCAGCAGCGAGCUGGUGAUGGGCUUCUCCGUGGCCCUGGGCUUGCUGGGGGAGGUUCUCCUCCACCCGUUCAGGGCCACGUUGCUUAGGAAACUGUCCAGACUGGGAACCCUAGGGCUGGGGCUGGGCUGCCUCUCGGGGCAGCUGCUGUACUACUCCUUCCUCUGGAGCUGGUGGUCCGUCCUCCCUGCGCAGGUCUUGAGUGCCGUCAGCCACGGGGCUCUGUGGUGGGCGGUGGGCGCCUCCCUAGAGGACCUGGCCACCCCGGGAAUGGAGAGACCUCUGAGUGCCAUGUUCCGAGGCCACUUCUAUGGGGGCGGGGCCAGCCUGGGCAGCUUCGUGGGCGGCUUCGUGGCGAGGCACUUCAGCCUGGCGGUGCUCUACCAGGCCAGCUGCGUCGUCCUGGGGCUCUGGCUGGCCCUCUUCCUGUCCGUCCGGCCCAGGCUGCCCCAGGAGCCGCGAGUCAGCUACUCGAAGCUGCUGGUCGUGGAGGCAAGUGACACGAGCGACUCGGAGCAGGGGACCGAACGGGACUGUCUUGUGAAGGUCAGUCUGGGAAGGAGCCACAGGACUGGACAGAACUCGGCCUGCUGAGGACAGAGUCCCCGCGUCCUGCCCGGGGCUCCACAGGCCUCAGGAGAGAGAGGGCACGUCGAUGCGGAAGCCCCACAGGUUCCUCUCCUUGUCGGAUUGCAGCUCAAUUUUGUAAAAAGUCAUGGAGGAAAGAAAACAUUUGCUAAAAAAACAAAGUUCCCUCUGUGGUCACUGCCUUUUGGUCUAUGAGGUUUGCCAGAGCUUUACUAGCACGGAUCCGGUGCUGCUGAAUCCGGCCAUGGCGGGAGCGCUCGGGUCAAACCGGCAGCGCCAGGGUGACCAUGGGGCCUGCAGGAUUCCAGCAGCAGAGGGAGCAGCUGGCGUUGAUGAGUGGUGUGCAUUCCUGUGGGUCCUCACGGGCCUGCGCCUGAUCCUAUUAAAGCCACGCCUGGGCAGGUAAGAGUUGUCAUGAAAACCAGAACUCUCUCUCCCCACUGAUACAUGGGUGCCCACACUCAUACCCUGGUACUUAAGUUUCCAAUAAGAGAUGAUGAUGGAGAUGUAAUAUGUCCAGGGGAGAGGGGGUGGGAGUUCAUGAGUUUUCAUUCUUACUCUCAAAUGUGUCACCAGGGAUAGAAUCCUUAGGACUGCCUUCCAUUCUUAUGUCAGAGCAAAGGCAAUGUCAUGUCCUUUGGACUCGCAUUGUACACACUCCCCUCACCUCUGCUUUGAUUAGUGUGCGGCGGCCUCUGUAGGGUUCAGGUGCCACGGGUAGUCCACACUUGGUUGGGCGCUUUUGCAAACCCUCCCCACAUCCCAGAAAAUGGUCCUUUAUUCCAGGGACCAGCCCCCAGUCUUCUAUCUUAUAAUCAGGUGAGUGUAGGAUAUUGGGUUUAGAAGGGGCCUCAAACGCAGGAAAUGUCUCAUAGCUGGGGAAAGGGACACACCAGAAUGUCCAAUGGGUUAGUCAUGGUUCUAGCAACUUUGUUCUUUUAAAAGUUCCUAAGGGUUCAAAUAACCAACAAAAAAUAACCUCUGCCUUCAAUACUAGUAAUUAGGGAUUCAUUUGUCUUACAUUAGAAGUCUAGGGGUAGGCAGUCCAGAGCUAGUACAGCCGCUUCUCGAUGCCACCGGGGACCCAAAUCUUUUCAUCCCUUUGCUUCAUCAUCCUCAGCUUAUAGGCCUCUCUCCCACGUUGUUCACUCAUUACACGGUGGCUCCGCAACUGCAGGCCUCUCGUCCACGUUCCAGGGAGCGAGAGGAUUGAAUGCCUAGGUCAGGAAAACAAGAAACUUCCCUGAAAUUCAUAGCCUCCGUCUGCUCACGUGGCCACCCUGAACCGCAAAGGUGUCUGGGAGGUGGAGUGUUUUCCGGUGGGCACAUUUACACCCCAAGCAAAGUCAGGGUCCUGUGAGGGAGGAGCGGGGCUGGCACUGCCUAGCCCAGCGCCAGAAGCGGCGCUCACAUUCAGGCCUGUCUCGUUCCAAAGCCUGUGUCCUUUCUGCACAGCAAGCCUGCUUCCCACAGAAACGCACUCAGCCACUAGACCUCCCACCGCAACCCUAGGAAUAACGCAAACUUGUUCGCUGCAUUUUACAACCAGAAAAUGGAGUCUUGGAGAAGUCACACAGUGGGUCGCGGGCAAAACCACCACCAGAGCCCUGAUCUCCUUUACCCCAAGUUUAGUGCGUUUUUUGCUGCGCCAGCAGGUCCACGCCUGCCUGGCCACCCAAGUCACCUGAGGAGCGUAUCCAAAAAGACAGGUUCCUGGGCGCCAUCGGACUCUCUCAGGGGGGCCCAGAACACUAGCUUUAUAGAUGUAUUAAUUGACAUGUAAUAAACUGCACACGUUUAAAUUGUACAGUUUGAUAAGUUUUUAAUAUAUAUAUAUAUACACCUCCGAAAUCAACACCACGAUCAACAUAGUGAACAUAUAGACCGACCCCCCCCCAAAAAAAAAUUUCCUCCUGCCCCUUGGCAAUCCCUUCUUUCUCCCUCACUCUACCUGGUCUUAGACAGCACUGCUUUUUAAGGUCUACUUUCUGUCGCUAUACAGGGGUGGGCACAAGUAGAUUCACAGUUGUGAUCAUCAGAGCCUGCACGUCCUUUUCCAUAUGAACAACUGUAAACCUCCUUUCGCCGACCGUGUCCGCAUUUUUAGACACUAUCAUAUGUACUCCUCUAUGUCCGACUUCUUUCACUCAGCAUAAUUGCAGUGACUUCUGACACCAACUCCCCGGAGUUAGGCCAUACUCUACAGGUUAAGGGCAUACAACUGCCCUCAAUUCAGACACCCUCACUUCUGACUAACUGGCUACAGAUUUGAAGGGGGCCCACUCCCCACUCAGGUUCAAUAAUUCAUUAGAACCAUUCACAUGGUUCAGGAACGCUCUGUACUUAGGAUUACGAUUUCAUGAUAACCAAAGGACACAAAUCAGAACCGGCUGAAAGAAGGGGUGCAGAGGGGCCGCGGUCUGGGAGGUCCCAAGUGUGAGGUGUCCCGUCCUCUCCCUGUGGAGUCAGAACACAUCCUGCGGUCAGCACACUGAUGCAACAAUGGAUGGAGGAUUACCAACAGGGAGACUCGCCAAGCUUUGGAGCCCGUGGCUUUGAGUGAGGCUUCUUAUACAAGCCUGAUUUGUUGAAUCAUUAGCCUGUGACUCAAUUUCCAGUCCCUUUCUCCUCCCCAGAAAUCAGACUGCCAGGAUAUUGUGUGGCUCGAAGUCUCAAAUUUCUAACAUGCGAUUGAUCUUUCUUGCAUGGACAAUCGUAUUCAGAGUCACCUCAUUCGCACAAACACAGGUGUGGUCUGAGAGGCCCGUCGUGAAUAACCAACAUCAUGGUUACAAACAGAACAAGACAGGACGAACGGGACAAGCUAACUGUCACAGGAGAAGUUCCAACAGUGAGUUCUUCAUGAGGUCUGGGGCAGGUACGGUGGCUCAGGGCUGGGUGCUCAGAGACACCUGAAGGAGAUGAUGAAGGGUAGGCUUGCGCAUUGAAGAAAGAACUGGGACUUGCAUGUUUCGACUUCGAGCUGUGACUUUUACUCUGUUGACUAGCCAGCGGGUCAGCUAAACUUCAUAAAAUCAAAACUAAAUAAAUGUUUCGCUCCCAGCCUCAUGGCUAUCAGAAAUGUCAAGUUCUAACAUAUGUUGGUUCCAGCUAAAAGGAAAGCAAAUAUUGAAUGAGCUAUUAACUUUUAUUCUCAGGUUUACUUAAACUAUUAUUUCCCAAAUGACUUUUGUACAACACUUAAUCCUAGUGGGGUGGGGUGGGGUGGGGGCAAUUAAAA